UACAGCCAUGCGUUUCUUAUGCAACAUGGCGACCGGUAAAGGACUUGCAAUCGUUUUUCGACCAAAGACUAUUAAUUUAAUCAGUAAUAAUAAAUUAAAUAAAUUGCCGUGUGGUACUGCACAAAAAUGUAACACAUGUCAUAGAUUUAUUACAACAGUAGUAUUGGGUGUCAAUAACUGGAACUCAAAACUAACGGGAAAACAUAUAAUAAAAAAUUUGACCCAAGUUCAAAGAGGAAUACAUACAACAUAUAAACUACUGAAGCGUAAUUAUUAUGAAAUACUGGGUGUAUCUAAGAAUGCUUCGGCAAAAGAUAUUAAAAAGGCUUACUAUCAACUCGCUAAGAAAUAUCAUCCUGAUACAAAUAAAGGAGAUCCAAAUGCAAGUAAAAAGUUUCAAGAAGUUUCAGAAGCAUAUGAAGUAUUAAGUGAUGACAACAAAAGAAAAGAGUAUGACACAUGGGGGUCUACAGCAGAACAAAUGGGAAUGGGUGGCAGUGGCCAUGGUGGUCAUAGUCAUACUAAAGAUUUUAGUGAGAGUUGGCAAUUUAGAUCAUCAGUUAAUCCGGAAGAAUUAUUUAGAAAAAUAUUUGGAGAAGGUGGAUUUCAAAGUAAUAUUUUUAAUGAUUUCGAAGAUUAUCAAGAGACAAAAUAUGGUUUUGGCGCAGCUCAAGAAGUUGUUAUGAAUUUAACAUUUUCUCAAGCUGCCAGAGGAAUAAAUAAAGAAGUUCAGUUAAAUGUAAUAGAUACGUGUCUAAAAUGUAGAGGUUCACGAUGUGAACCAGGAACAAAAGCAGUUAAGUGUCAGUAUUGUAAUGGAACUGGAAUGGAAACAAUUAGUACUGGUCCAUUUGUAAUGAGAUCUACUUGCCGUUAUUGCAAUGGUACUAGAAUGUUUAUUAAAUAUCCAUGCAUGGAAUGUGAAGGAAAAGGGCAAACGGUGCAACGUAAAAAAAUAACAGUGCCAGUACCAGCUGGUGUUGAAGAUGGUCAAACUAUUCGGAUGGCUAUUGGUAAUAAAGAAAUAUUCAUAACAUUCCGCGUGGAAAAAUCGAAAUAUUUUCGAAGAGAUGGUUCAGACAUACAUACCGAUGCCCAAAUUUCGUUAUCACAAGCAGUACUUGGUGGUACAAUAAGAAUAGAAGGCGUUUAUGAGGAUCAUACUAUACAAAUUCGACCUGGUACUUCAUCCCAUAGUAAAAUUCGACUGAAUGGUAAAGGAUUGAAAAAAGUAAAUGACACAGGAUAUGGAGAUCAUUAUGUACAAAUUAAAAUUGUUAUACCUGCAAAACUAAAUGAUAAACAAUUAGCAUUACUUCAAGCUUAUGCUGAACUUGAAGAUGAUACACCUGGAAGUAUACAUGGCAUAACAUAUAAAACAGAUGGAACUAAACAAAGUUAUGCUGGUCCUUUGGAUUUAGUGAAUUCCAUACGAAUGGCAUUAGAUGACAUUUCUCAUAUAGACUGUUCUUCUUCUGAAUAUAAAAAUUCUGAAGAUACACCUCACGUCAAUACUAAAGAAAAGAACAGUAAUUCACAAAAUGAAGAUGUUAACCCAGUGAGAAGGCGAAAAGUAUCUUAAAUUCAGUAACUAAAGAAUUAGUCAUUUGCGAUACUUUUAGAAACAAUUAAACAAAAGAAUAUAAAAAUAAAUAUCACAUAAAAAAUUCAAAUUAUAAACAUUGUUUAAAUUUUAAAUAAAUUGAUUGUAAUGCACUUUUUUUUAAAUGUAAUUAUACAUCGAGAUUAUUUGAUUAAUAUAGUUCGUUAAUGCACUUUUGCAAGUGCAUUCAUAAAAAGGUUAAUAGUUACCGAAAUUAAUAGAUAUAAUUAUAAUUAUACUAUUUGUGUAAUAAAUUACGCAAACUGUCAUAUUU